AUGCAGAAUCGAAAGGGAAGUGCGAUCAUAUGGAGUCACGUCUGCCUCUACUCUUUUUCAGGAGUCAUUGUUUUAUUGGAGAAAGCGGCACCAUUUGAGCGACACUAUCAUUCAAGAGGUUUGGGGUUAUGGUGCUGCAUGAAGUCUCAGGGUGGACAGGUUAAGUUUGGUGCAUUACUAAUGCAGCAGGCUGAUGUGUCUGCUCUGUUACUGAUCGAGGCCCUGACACUCAGCUUGCCUCAAAGUCUACUGCAGACCUACAGUUUAUUCACCCUUCACCCUGGCUUUCUGUCACCAGUGGUCUUAUGUGUCGGGCUGAGCCUGCUGAAUGUGUCCUGGUUUCUGGUCCUGUACAGCCGCUCAUGCUUUCUGCUCCGUCCUGGUCACUUGCACAUGACUCCCGCUGCAAUGCUGUGCCAGCUCAUAUGGAGAGGGGGCAUGCUGGGUGCCAGGGUGGCCAGCCUCAUGUUCUUCUGCAGUAUGUUUCACUGGUGGUCCUGUGGAGUCGUGGGUUUCCACUGGCUCAUUAUGACAUUCUGGCAAGUGUCCCAGCAGACAGAUAUCUGCAUUAACCGUGCUUCCUGGCGGCUCUUCAACUUCAUCUUAGGGUCAAUGCACAUUUUCGUCUUCCUUAACGUUAAAGAUGGGCCCUCUCGGUACCGCAUGACUGGAUUCUAUUUGUUAAUGUUGCUGGAGAACACGUUCCUUCUGCUUUUGGCGUCAGACUCGCUCAGUGGGAUUUCGUGGGACAGCACGAGUGUUCCUCUGAAUGUCUUAUGCAGCUUCCUUAUCGGUGUGAUUUUUGUUGUUCUUUACUACCGAUUUCUUCAUCCAAAAUCUACGGAGAUCCUCCAGAGUCUCAGACUCCAAAUGAGCCUGGCAACUACUGACAGAACAACCGAUGUGGACUGCAAGGACACAACACUCGAAUCCUCCACACACAAUCAUGGCACUUUCUCAGUGACUGGUUUUGCUCCUGACAAGCAGGCCGGAGGUUCUUCUGUUCAGCCUCUAGAGGGCGACUGGCACCAUCAUCAUAUGUUAAUACAUCUGGCUCUCAAAACUGGAAACACAGACAAGAUCAACUGCAUGUAUGGAGACAGAGGGCUUUCAGUCAUCCUGGAGAAUGAUGAUGCACCCGACAUAGACUCUGGAGGGGACGGUUGUAACCAGCCAAACAUGGAAGCAGGUGAACAAUCUAAAAGUAGUCCAGUUGAAAACCGUGAAGGAUUUUCUGUUGCUGAAGUGAGACAGCAGUCUCCAGAGAAGGGUGCAGUGUAUAACACCUGCCCUGCAGACUGCAGUAGCACUGUUUACUUCAGUGCAGAACCCCACUCCUCUUAUAGUGUCAGUGAUGCUACGUUAGAUAAAGAGAGUGUGGCUGUGAUCAGUCCUAUUAUGAAUGGAGCUGCGCUGCACCUGACUGCCAAACAGCUGUUAAACAGGAACCCAUGUUAUACCUCAACUCCAAUACCAGACCUCAAAACAAUGCAGAGUACAAGUCCUCGAUUAGGAGGGGCGAGAAGACAGGUGCAUUUUUAA